GAGAGGAACAGUGAAGAAGGAAAGAAAUGUUAAGACUGAUGGGAUAAAGGGAGGCUUGAUAGAUUCCUAGAUGAAUCUGUUUGAUUUAAUCACUGUAGACCUCUAAUUACCCUUCUCUUUAAACCUGUAGAACCUCCAUUUUUGAAUGAGAUGGCUAUAGCAGCUCACCUAAGAGGAAAAUUAUUUUCUGGACUGAAGUGAUGGUGGCCAGUGUUCUAGGACUCUGGGGAGCACUUGGAGGUUUCCAUAUCAGUCUUUGAGGAUUGUAGAGAAUCCAGCUCUUUGAAUUUAAGUUGGGCUGGCUUGUUUCUGGUGCAGGAGACAUUAAACUUACCAAAGAUGGCAAUGUUCUGCUCCAUGAAAUGCAAAUUCAGCACCCAACAGCUUCUUUGAUAGCAAAAGUAGCAACAGCCCAAGAUGACAUCACUGGUGAUGGCACCACUUCAAAUGUUCUGAUUAUUGGAGAGCUCCUGAAACAGGCAGAUCUCUACAUCUCAGAGGUUCUGGGUUCUCACACCUUGCGCUCGCUGCACAGCUUGUACCUCAGUGGUAGAGGCCUUUCUCAGCUGGAUGGAGUCAGCAGUUGUCUGGUCUUACACGUUCCUGAAUCAGAGGCACGGGCGGAUACUGUGGAGAAGAGCAAGCUCCCUGAAGUGGCGUGGGGCACAUUCUCAACAGAUUCCACUGUGGAGAGAGCUUGGGGUCUGCAUCCGAGAAUAAUAACUGAGGGCUUUGAAGCAGCAAAGGUAAAAGCACUUGAAGUUCUGGAGGAGAUUAAAAUAGAGAAAGAGAUGACCCGAGAAAUCCUUCUAGAUGUGGCUAGAACAUCUCUCCGUACUAAAGUUCAUGCUGAGCUGGCCGAUGUAUUAACAGAGGCUGUGGUAGAUUCUCUUUUGGCCAUUAGAAGACCAGGUUUUCCUAUUGACCUUUUCAUGGUAGAGAUAAUGGAGAUGAAGCAUAAGUCAGAAACUGACACAACGUUGAUCAGAGGGCUAGUUUUAGACCACGGUGCUCGUCAUCCAGAUAUGAAGAAAAGAGUUGAAGAUGCUUUUAUUCUCACUUGCAAUGUAUCACUAGAAUAUGAAAAAACAGAGGUGAAUUCUGGUUUCUUCUACAAGACUGCAGAGGAGAGAGAGAAAUUAGUAAAGGCUGAAAGACAAUUUGUUGAAGAUAGAGUAAACAAAAUAAUAAAACUGAAAAGAAAAGUCUGUGAUGAUGGAAAUAAAGGAUUUAUUGUUCUUAAUCAGAAGGGCAUUGAUCCAUUUUCCUUAGAUGUCCUUGCAAAAGAAGGUAUUGUGGCUCUUCGCAGAGCUAAAAGAAGGAAUAUGGAGCGGCUGACUCUUGCUUGUGGUGGAAUUGCAAUGAAUUCCCUUGAUGACCUCACUCCAGAUUGCUUGGGCCAUGCUGGACUUGUUUAUGAGUAUGCAUUAGGGGAAGAAAAGUUCACCUUCAUCGAGAAAUGUGACAACCCUCGUUCUGUAACCCUGUUGGUAAAAGGCCCAAAUAAGCACACGCUCACACAAAUUAAGGAUGCAAUCAGAGACGGACUGCGUGCUGUCAAAAAUGCUCUUGAUGAUCACUGUGUAGUUCCUGGUGCUGGUGCAGUUGAAGUGGCAAUAUCUGAAGCUCUUGUCAAACACAAAUCCAAUAUCAAAGGAAGAGCCCGCCUUGGAGUCCAGGCUUUUGCUGAUGCAUUGCUCAUUAUUCCAAAGGUUCUUGCUCAAAAUUCUGGCUUUGAUCUCCAGGAAACACUAGUAAAAAUUCAGGCAGAACAUGCAGAAACAGGAAGACUUUUUGGCAUAGAUUUGAACACAGGUGCACCAAUACUACCAGCAGAAUCAGGAAUUUGGGACAACUACUGUGUGAAAAAGCAACUCCUUCAUUCUUGCACAGUGAUUGCUACAAACAUUCUCUUGGUUGAUGAAAUUAUGCGAGCUGGUAUGUCUUCUCUCAAAGGAUGAAUUGAAUUCCAAACCAGCCUUGGAAGUUGAGUUUCAGUACAUCUGUGCAGCAGUUGCCCAUAUAUUCUAAUACAUUUUGAAUUUUUACAAAUAAAUGCAGU